AAGUAGAUCUCUCUCUCUCUCUCUAUAUUGAGUUAGCCUUUAUCUCAGUAUUGGUUAUGUCGGUCAUGUUACGUUUUCUGCUAACAGAUCGGUUCAAAAAUUUGAUAAAAAAUUAGAAGUUUGUAUAGUUUAUUAAUGCACGACGAGCCCUAAUAUAAUAUAAUUUAUUUAUCAAAUUUUCGUACAAUUUAUAUUUUUUCAAAUUUUCACGAGAAACGUGAGCAAUGUUUUUCAAGAAAAUUUUGAUGCCGUGCGGGCUGUGCGCUGUACCUGCAGUAAAACCAGCAAAUCUGUCAGAUGACAAAAUGUCACCUUACAAUAACGAGUCAGGAGUCAAGAAACUAGUUCGACCAUCCGAACUACCUAUUUACUCCUUAGAAGACAAUUAUUCUAAGCAAAUCCCAUGCACAGAAUGUCCUCCUUCGGCUCUAGAACAAAACAUUUCUAAAAUUCGCAAGUCACUUCAAGCAGUUAUGUCAGAAUAUCAACAUUACACUGGUGUUGUCUCGGACACCAUCGAUACUGGUAUUGAACACAGCAGAUCUCUUUUAGAUUAUUUACGUGAGGAAAGUAACGUUAUGCCACGAAUGGGUGCUAUUGCUAUUGGUGGAAUAGCUGGAUUAGUGCUUGGACUUAGAGGACGCAAAUUCAAGCGAAUAAUGUAUUCUAGCGCGGGAGCUCUUACUAUGGCAGCUAUCUGCUAUCCUAAAAAGGCAGAGGAGGGAUUUGACCUGGCCAAACAUUACGUGAACGUCGGCUACAAUUUUAUUUAUGGUGUCAAACCGGGUGACAAUCGACAACUGCAAAUCACAAUGCCGGAAAUGCCGAAAAUGCCAACAUCUUUUUCGGAAAUUGUAGAUUUAGCGAUUGUCACAGGUUCAACAGUGGCUACCGCUGUUGGUAGUUUUGCUCAGAACACAUACGCAUCUUUAAGCGAUAACAAGGAGGAAAACAAAUCGACAACAAAAUUAGACACUAAGCAAGAUUAAGAGUUUUGCGAUAUACACUGUAGCAAAGAAUGUACAAAAGUUCUGUUAAUAACAUUUUAGAAAAAUGUUAUGAAUUAUUUGAAUAAUAAAUCAUACAUUACCAUAUAUAAAACUUUA